GAUGGGAUGUAAGCUCAUCUGUGAUUGGUUCCUUUGGAUUUGGAGAGAAGUUUACUUCCGGUUGUCCGGUAGCAACAAUCACUACAACAAGCAGGCAGUGGAGGCGGUGGAAAGUACUGUAGUUACAUACCACCCAUUUCCAAGAUGUCGGAGCCAGAAACGCCCCCUAUGCUGGGCUCCCCAGAGAUGGAAGCGCAGGCCCAUGCUCUGGUGGACAUGGUGAUAGAAAAUGCCAAACAGAGGCUCAUCGAGGAGGAGAAAGAGAAGGAAGCUGAGCAUCAGGCACAGGAGGCUGUGAUGGGGACCCAGAAGUAUGGUUACUAUGACUACCUGAUGCUAGAAGACAAGGAAGACUACGCCGUCAAAAACAUCACCUGGCCUAAGGCAGAGGAGUUUGACAUCAAACUAGGGGACGAGAAGAUCAACGAAUUUAUUAAGACGUGGGAUUAUGAAGGCAGCUGGCUGUACUGCAUCGACUUCCUGCAGGAGGAAGACCACGAGUACGACAAGCGGUAUCGUUACCGCGUACGCUGGAGCAUCCCCACCAGGAGGAAACCCAUCCCGCGUGCGACGGCCUGCGUCUACUUCACCAUCGAGGUGUCCAAAAUCAAACCCAAGCAUUUUCCAGUCCAGGUGUACUAUGUGUUUGAGACAAACAAGCUUGUCCACAGACCGGGCCAGUCAAGAUUCCGCGAGAAAUGGCUGAAGGACAUCAUCGAGAGCAAGAUCAUCGCCAUGGAAAUGGUCAAUUUUUAAGGACAUUGUUGACGGAAAACCUGAGCUUAAAUUUCUGGACACUACUUAGGGGUCAUGAUCAAGACAGACUUCUUUUUACCAUCAAAAAAUUUCCUAUGCUUUAUUUGGCAGAACCUGUCUUGCUUGAAAGAACCACAUUGUCUUAAAACUGUGAGAUAUUUUAAGUCAGGUUGGUCCUUUCUGGUAUUGUCACCCUUUAGCGAACUUGCAAAAUCAUUUGCUGUCCAUGUAAAUAUUUGUAACAGGGCAAAAGUAGGCCAUGCUGUGCUGUACAUGUGUAUUUGCUAAGAAAAACUAGCCUAUAAUUUUAAUUCAAAGAAAUAUUUUUAUUGUCCCAAACAUUUCCCCUCUAUUGGAUAAUCCAUAGACACUAUGCCUUUGAAACAAGACUGUACGAAAACUUUCAAGUAAAUUAAAGACAUGAAACGUCCA